UGGAGCUUUGCAAAGGAGAAACCUGCAAACAACGUAAGAUAAAACAUUAUUACUGCUCACAUUUUAUAACGGGGGGAACCCUUCUUUUAACCCAGGACUUUAUUUAUCAAACACCGUCACAAAAACAUGAGCGCAUUAACCCCAGAGGUAAACGAGGAAAACAAGCCUAAUGGAAGAAGUCUACUGGGUAACUUGGUCGAGGAGAGGGCUACUGCAUCACUAGACAGAUCAGGAUCUAAUUCCUGUAUUGAUAAGAAUGGACAUAUGGGAAUCCUCACCAUGGAUGUGACUUCUAAAGUGCAGGGGGUUAGCACAUUCAGUUCUGCAUUCGAUACUCCACAAAGCUUUGGGGUGCGAAAGAAAGGAAGACGGACUGAGCUUUUGGAAAAGGACCUCAUCAAAAGAAUAAGUGAUCAAAUACAUGCCGAGUUGAACCCAGACCCUCCGGCCCAUGAGUGGAGCUCUGUGAGCAAAUCAGACUUCAGGGUAGAGGGUUUCAAGUCAGUCCAAGCACUACUGCCCAAGGAUCAUAAUUACACAACAGAUCAGGCCAUCACAUUUUGGAGUGAGAACUAUCAGAAGAUUCAGGGCAUGACAGCAAUCAAAACUAAGGAUAAUCCAUUUAAAAGAAACGCCACCUUCAGCACACCAAUAACUGAACGAAUGGAUUGCCAGGACGACAUCAGUCUGAACCCUUCUGCAAAUGAUAUUCAUUUGUAACUUUACUGUAAAAGACUGUUUUAGUGUGUUAUGCAGAAUGUUGUAGGAUUUUGAUCUAUUCGCAAAUUAAUAAAUAUUAAAUAUGAAUAAAUAUGCUAUUUACACAAAGCUGCUUUUACACUA